AUGGCGAAAAUUUUCGGCUCUUUGCUUAAAGCUGAGCACGCAAAACCGAAGUUCCUAUUUUCUACACUUUGUGUGUUCAUUACAAAAGUGGCCAAAAUUCGGCGAAAACAGCGAAAGUGUGAUAAAGCAAACGUGCAACAACCGUCUAGCAAACGAACGAAAACAAAAGAAAAUAGUGUUGAUAGUACGACAAGCAGCUACUGCAGUAGUAUUGGCAGCAGUGGCAGUGGCAGCGGCAGCAGUGGUAGCAAUAAACAAGCGCAAGUAUACGCGUUGGUGGCGUCGGCUGGCCGGGGAGCGGCCCUCACAGAAGCAGCAGCGGCAGCAGAGACAACAAAAGUAACAGCAGAAGCAGCGCCAACAACAACUGUAAGUCCAGUAGCAGCAACAACAACAACAAGCAGCAGAACUGCCGGCCGGUGUGCGGCCGACGAAACUGUUGCUAGAAGUGGGUGGGGCGGUGGGGGCGGCAUCAACGACAACAACGCCGAAGACAGCACGCAGCUAACAAAGGGCCAACAACAACAGCAACAAACAGCGAACGCUUUGAAUGCGACGCAUUUAUCAACUUGUUUGCUAACCGUGCAAAAGCUUGCCGUUGCCGUUGAGCUUGACGCCAGCGUCGAUGUCAAUGUCAUGUCCGAAACUGGAUGCCGGCAUUAUCAGAGCUACGUGAAGGAACACAGCUAUGACACGUUUCGCGUCAUCGAUGCAUACUUUGCGGCCUGCAUUAACAAAGAUGCGCGUGAAAAGAAGGCCAUACACUGCAAUUGCUUCGAGUGCGGCAGCUAUGGCAUACAGCUCUAUGCCUGCCUCCAUUGCAUCUACUUUGGUUGUCGGGGGACGCACAUCACCAGCCAUUUGCGUGCCAAAAAACAUAAUGUGGCGUUGGAGCUGUCGCAUGGCACCCUGUAUUGCUACGCCUGUCGCGACUUCAUCUAUGAUGCCAGAAGUCGAGAGUAUGCGCUGAUCAAUCGCAAGCUGGAGGCCAAGGACUUGCAGAAAAGUUUAGGCUGGCAGCCCUGGAUUCCCACGGCCAAGGAGACGAAUCUAUUGCUCGCCAAUGCACGACGUCGUCUUGUGCGUCCCAAUCAAACGAUUGGAUUGCGGGGAUUGCUCAAUCUGGGUGCCACGUGCUUUAUGAAUUGCAUUGUCCAGGCGUUGGUACACACACCAUUGCUGAGCGAUUACUUCAUGUCCGACCGGCAUGAUUGCGGCAGCAAAUCUUCACACAAGUGUCUCGUGUGUGAGGUCUCGCGUCUCUUCCAGGAGUUCUAUUCCGGCUCGCGGUCGCCGCUCUCUCUGCACAGACUGCUGCAUUUAAUUUGGAAUCAUGCCAAGCAUCUAGCCGGCUACGAGCAGCAGGAUGCACACGAGUUCUUUAUUGCUACUCUGGACGUGCUGCAUCGCCACUGCGUGAAGGCCAAGUCGGAGCACGAGGGCAACAGCGGGAAGAGCAACAGCUCCUCUGGUGGAGGCGGCGGAACCGGUGGUGGUAGUGGCGGUGGCUCCAACUCCUCAGCGAGCUCUAAUUCGACGGCUGGCCAUUGCUUUGGUCAGUGCAACUGCAUUAUUGACCAGAUCUUUACGGGCAUGCUGCAGAGCGACGUGGUGUGCCAGGCGUGCAACGGAGUUUCGACCACAUUCGAUCCCUUCUGGGAUAUUUCGCUCGAUCUCGGGGAGACGACAACGCACGGCGGUGUGACGCCUAAGACCCUCAUCGAUUGCCUGGAGCGCUAUACGCGUGCCGAGCAUUUGGGAUCGGCGGCCAAGAUCAAGUGUUCGACCUGUAAAUCGUAUCAGGAGUCCACCAAACAGUUCAGCCUACGCACACUGCCCAGUGUCGUGUCGUUUCACCUGAAACGGUUCGAGCACUCGGCGCUGAUCGAUCGUAAGAUCUCAUCGUUCAUUCAGUUUCCCGUUGAGUUCGAUAUGACGCCAUUCAUGUCCGAGAAGAAGAACGCUUACGGGGACUUUCGUUUCUCCCUGUAUGCCGUUGUCAACCAUGUGGGCACCAUCGACACGGGUCACUAUACGGCCUAUGUGCGACACCAGAAGGACACGUGGGUCAAGUGCGAUGAUCAUGUGAUAACGAUGGCUUCGCUCAAGCAGGUGCUGGACAGCGAGGGUUAUUUAUUGUUUUAUCAUAAAAACGUGCUGGAAUACGAAUAAGGCGAGUGAGGCGUUUAAGCACGUAUGGACGAGGAGGACCGAGAGAGACUGGAACUGGAAACAAAUACACAAUCAUUCAAUACACCCACACAUACACACGUAUAGCACAUGUAGCAUAUACAUACACAGACAACGCAGCGAAAGUGGCAGCGGCAGCGGCAGUUCUAAAACAAUUAAUCUUAACAAACAAACAAAAAACUAAAGGAAAAAGAAGCAGAGAAGAAAAACAAAUCAGUUUAUAAGUAUUCCAACAUAACACUAAACAAAUGCUAAGGCUUAUGUAAAAAUUUGCAUGGCAUGCAACAAAUACGGAUGAACGAAGAAGACGUCAUUACAAAACACAACAAAUUUUCCCCUCAACAAUAAGAACAACAACCAUACAAAUACGCUUUGCGAACAACAAAAAAACAAACAAACAAAAACCUAAUGAUAAACAUA